AUGCCUCCGCACGAUGGACUGGUCCACCUCAAGGAAUACGACAUCAAAGACAGCAAUGUUGAGUUGAUUGGAACCGACAUUGACCACCAGGUCAAGUACAAGUCCGCAGCCGAGGAGCCCGCAUGGCAAGUCGUCGGAAAGCAGCCAGGUCUGUUGAUCUGGCGCAUCGAGAAUUUCCAGGUCGUCCCUUGGCCAGAAGAGAAAUACGGUCAGUUUUACGACGGCGACAGCUUCAUCGUCCUCCACUCCUUUAAGGUUGGCAGCAAGGAUGGUUCCGAGAAGCUUGCCCAUGAAAUCUACUUCUGGCUCGGCAGCCACACGUCCCAGGACGAGGCUGGCACCGCCGCUUACAAGACUGUUGAGCUGGACGAUUUUCUUCACGGCGCCGCGUCCCAGCACCGAGAAGUACAGUCUGCUCCAUCUGAUGAAUUCUUGGCCCUGUUCUCCAAAAUCUCCAUCCGCUCCGGCGGCGUCCGUUCGGGCUUUAGACACGUCGAAGAGGCGCCCAAAGAAGAGGUCACGACGCUCCUGCGAGUUUUCACCAACCCCGGAUCCAAGACGUCUAACGGAGUCGUUGUUCACGAGGUCGAGCCCACCUACCGCAGCCUCGAUGACGGUGACGUUUUCAUCCUUGACAAGGGUGACAAGAUCUGGGUUUGGCAGGGCAAGAGCUGCAGUCCGAUGGAAAAGGCCAAGGCCGCCCAGGUUGUGCAUGACAUGACUCUGGCAAAGCACAUUGAUGUCGAGGUUGUUGCUCAAACCGAGUCGCGCUCGCGUCGUGUAAUUGACCUUCUUGGCGGUGACACCUCCACGCAGUCCGAUGGCUUCAAGCAGGGUCGCCCAAUUGCCUCUGGGAACAAGGCGUCCGUUGCUUCCGGCCGAUCGAAGAAACUUUUCAGGCUCAGCGACGCUUCUGGACAGCUUUCCUUCAGUCUAGUCAAGGACGGGGAUGUCAGUGCGAAAGACCUGGACAGCAAUGACGUCUUCCUCCUCGACAGUGGGAAGGCCGUCUGGGUGUGGGAGGGCCAAGGUGCCAGCCGCGCGGAGAAAGCCCAGUGGUUGCGAGUUGCUCAGGCGUACAUUCGCCAACUGGCCCAGUCUUCCACGGAUAGCCAUCUUAUUCCGCUGGCAAAAGUCAACCAAGGCAACGAAACAAAGGCUUUUCAGCAAGCCAUCGCUGUGUAG